UGUAUAGGGAACAGAAUUUAGACAAGAAAAAUCAUGAUGGCUGACAGUGACGGCCCAUUUUCUAAUUCAUCUGAAAAUGCUAACCAAUAUGAUCGAAGAGACGCAAUAUCAGAUGGCAUUAUAGAUCUUCUGAAGCCAACAGUUGAAGAGAUUGAUGACAGAGUUAAAACUGUGAGAGAAAGCCAAGUUGAACUACGCCAGCAAAUUGACAGCUUAGCUGGAGAUUUGCAGGUAAUAUCCAGUAGCCAGACUAUAUCGGUGGACUUGGAAUCAUAUGUGAAAAAGUUAAACAAUUCAAGAAGGCGUGUUAUGUUAGUCAAUAAUAUUUUACAAAAUGUUCAGGUAAGAGUGACUUAUAUUCUUCUAGCAUAUUUUAACUUUCAAUACUGCCUAGGUGCUGUCAUGCAUUUUAGCCUAACUUAAUGAAAGAUAGAAGUU